GUGGCGGUGAUCGCUCCGCGCGCCAUGGAGGAAGAGGAGGCGAGAGACUACAAUGAACCUUGUGUACAGUGUUCUGACAUCAACUGGGGACUUACUGAGGAAGGAAAAUUUUACUGCAGAUCAUGCCACAAUGUUAUAGAAAGGACUAGAGAAGUUAUAACUAGUGAAGCUACUACAAACGCCAGGGCACAGUCCAUCUCUAGAGGCUUAAAAAAGAAGAAAAAACUUGAAAGCGGCUGGGAAUGGUAUAUUUGUGAAGGCUUUCAAUUCAUUCUCUCAAAGCAAGCCGACGCACUGCAGGCUUUAGGAGUUUCUUCACAGUUCAAGGAUGACGUUUUGUGUAAGUUCUGGAGAAUUUACCUUCAGAAGAGCCAGCAGGCUUAUUGUGACAAGCCCCGCCGUGAAGUUGCGCACAGUAUCUCAUCGAUGUGCGACUCGGAUACUGAUGUCGACAGGGAGCUAGAAAUUUCUAGAAUUCUUGCCUUGGCUUCCUCUGCAAGUGAUACAGAUGUGGUAUCCGAAUCUAGCAUGGAAGGUGCUUCUUCUACCGGUACUAGCAAUUUAUCAGGAAAAUUUCUCUGGUCUGGAUCAGUGGAUGCUGCCUCAUAUUUACAGAAAAGGAAGAAAGGAGAGAUUAGAAUGUCAAUGCCGAUGACCAUGGCUUUCUGCUAUUUGGCAUUGCUCUGGUUGAGGGAAUCAAUUACAUUAUCACAUCUCUUAAGGCUGGUAAUGGAUGGCCACAUUCCUUACUUGAAUGCUUAUAAAGAUUUCCCAGAGGAGAUGAAGGUAUAUGGGACGGACUGCAAGCUCUUCCAUGUAAAGAAUUGGCCUGCGUAUGAAGAUGUUCACAAAAAGGCACAGGCCCUUGCUGUAUACCUGAAGCUACCUUGUUUUCCAGAUAUAGCAGAAGACAGCUUCCUUCAUCCAAACAUUCUCUGCAUGAAGUAUUUGAUGGAAGCUAACUUGCCUGAUGAUAUGCACAAGUGGGCAUGCAGAGUGGUUAAAAAAACUGGCGUUGGUGAAACGGACUUCCUGACACUUCGUCCCGAGAAUAUAUCAGCUCGGAAUGUGAAAUACGAUAUUCUUGCCGUAGCUGUGGUGGUUGUGGUGCUGAAAAUGCUGUUCUUGCUGGAUGACCAGUAUGAAUGGUUACUAGCAGACUAUGCUGAAGAGAGAAACAAAAGGAAAGAAGAAGGCUGUCCAGUGUUUGAUAUUCGGAAAUGGUACCUAGUUGUAAAGAAUGCUCUGGAUGUGGAGCAGAAGAAAAUUAACGAAGGAAGAAUCAGACUUUUAUGGAGAUGUGAGAAGCCACUAUUGUUUUUCUUCCAUGAAACAUAUAAUUUCCUCAAGAAAAGACGAAUGGCAGUGGACCUUCAGAGGCAGUUCCGAGCACUGUCUGGUUCUGUGGAACCUACUGAAAAGCGGAGCCCCUCAAGUUUCCAGCUAAAUUGGACUGAGGAAAUGGAUUGUUUCCACGGGCACAGCCUGGUUGGGAUUUUGCAACCCGAAGGCGACAAAAUAACAACUCUGAACAGAAAGUAUUGGUUGUGUACGACUGCACUGUGCAAAAAUAAGCACUGUGGUCAUUUGGCAUACUUUAAAGAAUCAAAUUUCCCUCAUGCCUACCAGUUUGUUUUAAAUCUCUUCUCCUUCAUCCUGCGAGUGGAGCCCUCUCUCAUCCAUGAAGAAGUGUGCGCAAUUGAACAUAAACUCUUCUAUUCAGAACUUCGUAGAACAUCCACAUUCUCCAAAGUUUGAAAAGGUGGAAAGCUUUAAAAACCAAAGACUUAUCUCAAGAGCGUGAAGACCUUCUGUAAGUGCAAUAACCUAUCCAGAAAAUUCAUACUCGUUAAGUGGGAUUUACUAACCUCAUCACAUUAAGAUAGAUGCAGCUGCUCUACAAUUUGUUCGUUCUUCAGAUGUCACGUUCCUAGUCCAGCUACCACAGUUUGUUGGAGCAGAAACAAAUGCAGUGUUGGGCUGCUUCAUUAAAAAAAUACUUGGCUUUUUAAA